AAAAAUUACUGUAGGACAAAAUGGCGACCUUGCAACGACUCGCAAGGCCUUGCCGGCAAAUAUUCAAAAACUAUGCGCGUACUAGAGUCCCAAUAUAUUCUUGUAGAUCAAUAUCCACUUCUGACAAAAAUAAAGACAUUGCUUCAACAGCAAAUGAAGCGCUAGUUGAAAAGUCACAGGAAUUAAAAGACCUUGAAGCACAUUUUGGUGAUGCAGAUCCCAACAAGUUGAAGAACUGGCAGUCCUAUGGUUGGGAUCAGUACGACAGAGAAAGUGACACCUUUAACAUGAACCUCACCAACUUUGCUUUCUUCACAGUUGUAAUAUGUGCAGGCUCAUUUUUAAUUGCAUAUGCCCCAGAUUUUAGUUUGAGAGAAUGGGCUGUACGAGAAGCAUACUUAGAAAUAGACAGAAGAGAAAAGGCUGGGCUACCUUUAAUUGACCCAUAUUUGGUACCGCCAGAUCAAAUUGAACUGCCAUCAGAGGAAGAAAUUGGAGACCAAGAAAUUAUCAUAUAAUGUGUUAAAACUGUGUCAGAAACUUGUGUUUGUAGCUGAAUUGCUGGAAAGUAAUCAGUAUAUGCAGCGUGUGUUGCAACAUUUUUGGUCCUUUCACAUGAUCUAGUAAAAGAUAAUCCUUAAAGAAAAGAAAUGAAGUUUUUACUUAGGGAAGAAAUAAAGUUUCUACAUUUUGUAAAUAUUUCAUCAAGGAAGAAGAUAUUAAUUUAGAUUUAAAGUUUCCUUUUCUUAAGAUCUUUAGCAAUAAUAUACUAGUACAUUUUUGCCAUUGUUAUAUCCUUAUUGGAGACUUGAGAGAACUAGAGCUACAGUUUAGUCUUAGGAAAUAUGUAGUAAUAAUCAUGUCUUCAGAUAUCUUCACUAUUUUAAAUAAAUUUUUUAACAUAUUUAUUUGAAGGUGUUAAUUUGGUAACAAAGCUAGAAUAGUACUUAAUACACAAUGUACUGUAAAAAUAUUAUAAAAUUUGCAACUGCAUAGAUAUAUUGUGAGGGUACGGUAAUGUAAUAUGACAUUUAACUAUCAAGUAUGAUUUAGUAGGAUCUUCAUAUUUCUUCCUGAAAAAUAUUCAUUUUGAUAAUUUUCCUGUUUUGUAAUUGUAGUUAUUUACAAUAGUAUUUUUAAAAUGAACACGGAAUAAGUAAAGAUGUUGGUUAAGCAUGCAGGACAUUAUAAAAGACAGUAUAUAAUGUAACUAAGUCUAGGAGGUACCAGUUAGUUCAUAUAUAUGUACUUGAAAGCUGGGAGAUAUUAUUUAUAAAUUCAAAUGUGCUUUUGGUGAAGUUUUGAUAAUAAAUUGUUUUAACAUAAAGUAAAA